AUGUCGUCCUGCCUUGGGUUCCGCAAGUCAAAGUCUGACGAUACAGAGCCCUUGCUGCCAGUGUAUCGCGAUGACACGGUCCUCCAGCGUGAGCUUCACCAGAAGCUGCACUCGUAUCAGAUGGUCAGAGCUCUGGCUGAUGGAUACAUGCCCUCAAACGAACAGCUCGUUAUCAACCUCCGAUCUCUGCUCUCCUCAGAUGUUUUGAACCCUAGCGACCCAAACCUCAGUGACUCGGGAAGACGUCUGGCCAAGUUCUCGAAACAGUGGCUCAAGGAUUUCAUCGAGUUGCUCGUACACAAGAACAGCGAAGAUCAGAUCCAGGACUUCAUCUGGUCAUUGACGCAAUCCAGAGUGAAGGUUGAUGUUGAGGACCUCGCACAGAGAGCCUACAAGGCCCAAUCAAAAGCCAAGACCGCUGCUGCUUACCAAAGCUUGCAAACCGUUGGAUCCCUCCUUCUUACCAACUCCGAUUUCCGCAUCUUCCUCUCAGAUUUGAACACUGUCGGCCGUGAGGUCUUCAAGGAUGCUGCCUUCUCGUUGUCAAACGUCGCAGAAGAAGCAGGCAAGAAGAUUGAGCCAUCCCAACAAGAACAAGCCAAAUUGACCAAGCCGGGUGCCGACUCCGGACCCCCACCCUCAGGCAAGGAUCUUGGAAACGACGUUGCAGAUGUCACCAAGGUUGUAGCCAAUGGAGUUGCUCAGGUCGCUCAAGACACGGAGCAAAGCGCCGAGGAGAAGCUUUCUGGUGAUGAAGGUCAGGUCAUGAUGAACCGCUUGAAGCAGGCAGUCACGCAACUCAGAAAACGUCCUGAUUAUAACGAAUCCGUCUCGACUAUCUCGACUCUGCUCAAGCGUUAUGCUGUUGCUUACUCGCGUUCGGUCGAAGAGACUGUCGUUGCUCUUGAAGAGGAUGUUCACGAGAAUGCCGCUAUGGACAAGGCCGGAAAGAACUUCUGGUCCUUGCUCUCGUCUUUCGGUGACCCCGAGGCCUGGAAGAAGCUUGAGGAAACAUUCAAGAAGGUCGUUUCGCACUCUGAGAAGGAUCCCGACUUCGAGAACCUCAUGAACGACAUCGGAAAUUCACUCCAGACUCUUCUCACCGACCCUAACUUCUUCGACACCGCUCGUGAGAAGUUUGAUGAGCUGCGUGAAAAGUCUCGCAAAGUUGGCUCAGAGUCUGAUCUUCGUACCGAUAUCGACAACUUCCUUGGACAGCUCCAGGAGACCUUGGUCUCGGUUCUGAACGACGAAGACGUGGCCAAACUCAUGCAGCACAGUCUCAAAAUCUUCCGUAUCCUGUCGCCUCUGCACAACACUUCGAACCCAGAGCUCAUCCAUGAUGCCAUCAACAUCUUCAUUCCUUUGAUGAUUGCCGCUAUCCAAUACAUUCCCAUCCCUCGUCUGGAGAUCAGCAAUCCCGAUAUUGAUCUCUUGCUCGAAAACCUUAUCAUCGAACCUGGUAGGACGGUCAAUCACUCCUCUUUCUUGCCUUACAAGCUCCGUGUAGAGACCUACAACGACUUUGAAAUCCGCAAGGCCAGAUUCCGUACCACCUCUACCUCUUCUCACUUUGUGACUAUCAAGAUUGACGGUAUCUCUGCUCGCGCUGAGGAAGUUGGCUUCUGGAUGCGCGCCCACUCUGGUCUGUUCAGACUGGCGGACGAGGGUAUCACAUCGUUCGCUCUCGACGAGAAGGGUCUGGACAUUCACCUUGACGUGGAGAUUGCCAAGGACAGAAUGGAGUCGAUGCUCAGUCUCAAGGCUGUUCGUGUCAAUGUUCACAAGCUCGACUACACCUUGCGCAAGAGCAAGUUCUCCUGGCUCGCGUGGCUCGUCAAGCCUAUCCUCCGCCCUAUCGUGCGAAAGGUCAUGGAGAAGCAGAUCGCUACUGCUAUCGCAGACGCUCUGCACACAGCCAACCGCGAACUGCUCUACGCACGCGAGCGCCUGCGUGCCACUCGUAUUGCCGAUCCCAACGACCUCGUCACCUUCUUCAAGGCUAUCGCUGCACGCCUGCAACCCGAGGAGGACCCAGACCUCUACACUCGCGUUGGUGUUGCUCAGCCUGGCAAGGGAGUCUUCAAGGGCAAGUACGCACCCGGAAGUGUCGUCAAGCUUUGGAACGAAGAGGCCGCCCAUGCCGAGGAGAGAAUCGAGGAUGGAUCCGAAGUCAGGGGUUGGAGAAACGAUGUCUUCAGCUUGUUGGCUGUUUAG